AUGCAGACAGAAGAUCAAACACUUGCUGAGAGAAAAGCUCGCUGCCGGGCGCUGAACGCGAUUUAUGGGCUACUUGGCGCCCCGGAUCAUCGGUUGUUGCCCCUUCAUCUCGAGCAGGUCAAGAUCACUCAUACAGGAAUGUCCCUGGAGGGUGCCGCUAACCACGCUCCCUAUUACUUCGCCUCCUAUCCGUAUCCCAUCGAGGAACCUGAGUAUGAGUAUCCCGAGGAUGCCGAGGAUUGGCCGCAAUACGACGGAUGCCCGUACAAAAACGCCCAACAUCUCGCCAUCUAUUUGGACCGCUUUCUCGGCCGGUGCGCAAUGCAAGAAACAGGCACGCAGCCACCUCGCUUUGCGAUGACCUCGUGA